CCGGCAACAAUGACUCACACAUUAAAUACACCUACACAUAGUAUAAGCUCCUCUGCACUUUCGUCCCAACGCUACAAUCGAGACUCACCUGACAACAGCACAGUCGCCUUAAUUUUGUCUCUUUAACGCUAACACGAAUCGCUCACCAGCAUAGGCCGUGCACCCCAACCGAAUCCUAGAACCCCCUGACGUUCAAACUGAAUGACUUCCCCCGUCAACAAGCUUGUGCAAAAAAUCAUCAAGGUGAAUCGCGACGAGCAAGGGGUGCCAGCUAUCGCAUUUCUCCUCAAGGACGAACACAUCAUCUUCACUUCUCACGACGGUUGUCUCCAAAUCAUAGAGACAAAAACUGGUAAACUCGUGGGUGGCCCCUGGCAGGAUAAAGAGAGAAGUCACAUCUGCGCAGUCGACGUAUCACCAGAUCGCAGGGAGGUUGUGACUGGCAGUAAAAAUGGUAAAACACAAGUGUGGAAGUGGAAUGCCAGCGGAAAAACCUUGAAGAUGAUCGCCGAAUCAAAGCACGUUGCCGCAGCAAAUUGCGUGUGUUGGAGUCGACAUGAUGGUGGCGCACACGUCGCUAGUGGCUUCGAUGACGGCAGCGUAGCGGUCUGGCUGGUAGAAUCGGGACUCAAGAACCCCAUGAGAAUUGACGAUACCCGCCUCCGAUACAUACAUGCAAUCCAGUACUCACAUGAUGGCACACAACUCAUCGUGAGCGGUUACGACCGCGAAAUCGCAAGAUUGACAAUCGACGAAAAAGCGCAGGAGGUCCAGGUGGAUGAAGUCAUCAUAACUUGCAACAAUCCCGACGACGUGUCGAGUGCAACAUGGGCUUCAACUACAUUUGGGCAUGCAAUUGUCGCUGGCUCGUCAGACGGCAAAAUCAGGAAGAUUGAACUUCCGGAAGGUCGUGUGUCAGAGCUUGAGGGCCCAGGGCACUCCGACCUUGUCUGCGCCGUAGUUCUGUCACCAGCCUACAGAUAUGUAAUUGCAACCGCCUCUCGUGACAGUACCCUCCGAUUUUGGAAUCUCAAUACCAAGCGUACAAUUGGUCAACCACUCCCGCACUCUGCAGAUUUGACCUGUGCAGCGUUCGCAGCCAAUGGAACUUUAGUAGCCACCGGCACUUGCGAUGGCGAGAUCUACAUUUGGGAUAUAGCGGACUCACUCUCUAAGGCAAUGUCAACGGAAGACGUGAAUGUAGGGUCGCGACGGAGACGCAAAUGCUAGACCUCCCUUUGAUCCUGACUCCCCAAUCCCUACUCGACAACGGAAAUCCCCGGUCCGAAAACUCACCCAAACGGUCCGCGAGACU